AUGGCUGCGACGGCGAAAAACUUUGGCGAUGCGGUCGGAAAACCUCGCUUGCCCUCAUCCUCAAUGGGAAAGGCAGAAUUCCGGUCUACUAUUCAUCUCGUACUCGAGCCUGCGCAUUCGACUCUAUCUGUCUAUGGUGGAUGCGCUCUCUCGUUCGAUAGCCGACGCUGGCUCAACGCCAAAUCUGCGGAUGAACAUCAGCGAACUGUAACGAAUAGGUGCACAGGUACUCGUCUCAUGUUAUCUGCGCCAACUUCAGGUGAUGCCGAAUCCGAAUCGUCGGGUCCUAGAUGCAAAUCAAAUCCCUCAGUCCGGGUGCAAGCGUUCUUCUGGAGAGACAUUUCCAGAAAGGGCAUCCACCCUGGGCCUCCUUUCUCGAGCAGCCUCAAAAACGCUCGAACGCCUCGAUCUAUUGUCGCUAUCGACAUCGCUCGCGUCGUCGACCUCGGUAGAGAGACGAUCUUGACCCGGCGCUGGAAAUGGCGCCGACGAGAGACUCCACUGAGGCGGUCGGAAAGCCUCGGCACAGACUUUCUUACGAGUGGAGUGGCUAGUUCGCCCUGGUUCUCAAACCUGUGCUCUGGCUUCCCAUACCAGGGAAGGACAUCGAAGAGAAGCAGGAACUCUGAGGAUGACAUUGACUCCGCGCUGGUGAUCACAACGACGAACGACUCCACCGAGGCGGCCGUGGCUAGUUCACCCUCAUCCUCAAACCCAUACUCUGGCUCACCAAACCGAGGGAGUGCGUCGAUGGUAUUGCAUUUAAGCGGGGAGGAUGGAAUCCCGGUCUCCUGUUCACCUCUCCUGACGCCAGCUCAACUCAACUCUAAAUCUGUAGAGAAACGUGACGCUGAACCCGGGUCUUCUCGUUCUAGGCGCUAG